CUGGAAAUCUGGGUUGUAAGUAUUUUGUCGAUUUUCCAAAGCAACGGAAUAUCGGUUCUAUUCGAUUUUAGAAACUGUCUACCUCGCAUCGUGGAUCGAAGCAUACUUGGUCAGCAGAGUCGAACGCGAGAAGUCAUUAAUUUUUCGAAAGAGAAUCCAAUAGCGAGGUUCGAUCCGCGACGUGGACAGUUCUCGGGACGUACGUUUACCUGGUGUCCCUACCACUUUCUUUGGCCGGGCUGGUGGGCACCGCGUUCUCGUUACCGCGGUCCACGCUGCACUACCGUUCUACUAUCUCCUCAUUCACUUGGUGAUUCGACAAGAUCGAAGAACACACGCGCGGAUUUUACGUCUCCUUCCGUUUGAUCCUUCGUUUACGGUGCGCGGAUCUCGACGGAAAAGAAAAUUGUUUUUUCUCUGUUUAAAUUUUCGAACGCGAGAGCGAUCGAUCAAUUGAUCGAAGAAUCGAUCAAUUUCGGAUUUAAGAAGUGAUUUCGCUUUGGUCGAGCUGUUGGUACGCGCAAAGCGUUGGCCCUCGGUUCUUUUCGAAUACGACCAAGUCCCUUACUCUCGUAAGGGAGCAUACGAGUAAAGAAGAGGCUAACGUAGGGCCCAGAGUACUUGGAGCCUCGAUCGAGAUUACAUUUUAUUCGAUCUAAAGGAAUUUAUUGCGAGCCUUUAAGACUGCCUAUUAAGACUGCCGAUCGCUGGAAAAGAAACAAAAAAGAAACAGGCAACGAGGACCCGCUGAAAGAGGGUGAGGCGAAUUUAAAGCGAGGCGUAGGACGAUUGCCGGCCAAUCGAGAAAGGAUCGUACUUGGCUGAACCAUGAAAAGGAUGCGAAGCCGUUAAAGAAGGAAAUACUCGAGGGGGAUCGUGACCGAAGGAAGCGGCGAUCACAUUCUAACCGAGUACAACCAACAAAAUGUGUGUUGCACCUUGGCGAUAGAGAAACCUGCCGCGCGUGCUUUUCUUCCUUCCAUUCGCUCGACUCCAUGAAACUGUUUUGUGUUACAUAAAGAUGGAUUUUACUGGGCCGUAAAUGAACCCGGUUUUGCGCGCAUAUAGGCUACGUCUGUCAGCAAUCUUACGUUUCAGACAAGGACGACUCGAGUAUCGACACCAGUAACAGCGCAGUGAUCAAACAAACGUUGCAGCUGAUCGCUCGAAUCGGACAUAGGAAGGAGUAUUUCGGUACUGAAAGACAGAUCGCAUGGAUCCAUGGAAACAAUGCUCGGAGAAGUGACGUGAACCGUACUUUUCAAACGUAACGCAUCGUAGAUUAGCUGUAACGGGAUUUCUAUAUUACGAUUGUCCUGCAUCGUGUUACCGUACCGUACCGUACCGUACCCGUACGUCAGUGCGGUAGUAUCGAAGGCCUCCAGAAGAGAAUAACGGUUAUGAGCCAGUCACAUAGUGAGAAAGCUUGAAGAAGAAUUGAAAUUUGUGUUAUUCGCGCGUCCUUCGAUUGGCCAAGAGUUCAAGAUGAAGUUCAUAGGGUCUUUGUUCGGGAUCAGAUCGCCCAAAACGAUGGGCAAGCAGUACAUGAAAGUUGGAAGAAACGCUCUUUUCGGUCCAAGGACAGAUCAACACGAUAGUCUCUGCACGGACAGGGUUCCAAAACCUCUAUCAUUCCUCAUUUCUAAAAACGGCAAACUUAAACAUGGUAAAAUUUCAGCGAUUUGCAUAGGAAUUCUAACGCUUGUAAUCGGUAUUAUUUUAAGUAGUAUACCUUGGGUAGACUAUAUUAUUUUAAAGCAACUACGGUUAUGGAAUGGAUCGCUUUCCUUUCAUUACUGGCAAAAACCUGGGGUAGUUCGACUGACCAAGGUAUACAUAUUCAAUGUAACGAAUACCGAAAAUUUCUUGCAAUUCAACGAGAAGCCAAAACUGCAAGAAGUCGGCCCCUUCGUUUACAAAGAAGACAUGGAAAAAGUAAAUAUUGUUUUCCACAACAAUGGCACGGUGAGUUAUCAACACAAGAAAAUAUUAAAUUUUGUACCAGAGUUGUCAAAGGACAAAGACAUGAGACUAAUGGUGCCAAACAUUCCAUUACUAACCGUAUCAACGCAAAGCAAGAGUCUACCUCGAUUUAUCACUCUAGGAUUAUCCAUGUUUUUGAGCGGAAUGCAUAUGCAUCCAUUUGUUCCUGUAACUGCUCAAGAACUUGUUUUCGGAUAUGAUGAUCCAUUAGUUAGCAUCGCGCACAGAUUCUUUCCAAAAACGAGGCGUCCCAUGAGUCAAAUGGGACUUCUUCUCGGGAGAAACGGUACGUUAAACGAAGUGUCUACCAUUUUUACGGGGCAUACAGACAUGAAGGAGUUCGGAUUAAUAAAUCGUCUAAACGGGUUAGAUCGUUUGCCCUAUUGGCCAGAUGCUCCUUGUAAUUCUAUUCGAGCUUCUGAAGGUUCCUUUUUUCCACCUCGUGAAAAAACUGGCGCUGAUAUCGUCCAUCUAUGGGAUAAAGAUAUUUGCCGCACUUUGCCUCUACAAUAUCGCGGUCCUAGUGAAAAGUCAGGAAUCAAAGCAGACUAUUACACACCUCCCGAUGUUGUGUUUGGUCUACCCAAUGAAACGGCUCCACAAAACGAGUGCUUCUGUUCCAACGACGCGUCGACUUGUUCUUCGAACGGACUCCAAAAUAUCAGUCCUUGCCAGUACAGUGCCCCAGUCUACCUUUCCUUUCCGCACUUUUAUAAAGCGGAUCAUAAAUUACUAGAUGCAGUCGAAGGAUUGAAACCAGAUAAAAAACUACAUGAAACGUACUUUAAAAUUCAAUCGAAACUUGGUGUACCGCUAGAAGGAAAAGUUCGACUGCAAUUAAAUUUAAAAAUCGAGCAUCAACCAAAUGUUGGCGUCGUAUCGAAUUUCCCUGACAUCGUGUUCCCGAUUAUGUGGCUCGAAGAAGGUAUCGAAGAACUAACACCUUCUAUACGGAGAUGGAUUUAUUUAGCAACGACGUUCAGCGACAUUGCUGUGCCUUGUACCUCGUAUGGAUUGAUUCUAGUCGGUACGAUAAUUAUAAUCACCGUUUCCGCAAAGGUUUACAACAACGCGGUAUUCACUCACGAAGCGAUCGAAUUAGGUAAACGAACUAUCAGAAGAGGUUCGACGAUGCUGGUAAAUGGACAGCACAGAUUAUUAGCGACACGUGACUCGUACGUUUUGCUUAGCAAUAGUAACGAUGAAAAAUCAGAGAGGAUAGGGGUCCAAUUUCCGUAGUGACAAUUUCGUGGAUAAUAGCCACGGUAUCUUUAAGUAUGUACAUUGCGUCGCGCGAGAUCGAAUAGUAUCACGUAACGUUUGAUCGAUUAACACUAUACACCAAAGUUUCAUAUACCUUCUAUAUACUUUAAGAGGGUGAUGAUGCGUAUCAGUUGCAAUAGCCCGUAUUUGGCAAACCAUCAAUAAUUUCUGUACGAAUUAUGUAACACUUUCUGUAUCUGUGAUUUCACUUGUUUAUUUAUAUCGCCAGUGUACCGCGGUACGAGAUACGAGAUACAUAAUAAUAAUAUCGUGCUUGAACGAAUAGAACCAGGUAAGGAAUUAUCGAUCGAAGAAAAACACUAGAACUUUCGUUCUAGCAACGAAAACCCUCAUUCUCUAGAUCCUGAUUCGGAAUAAGCAAAGAAUACAACAUUCAGUUUAAUGUAACAAAAUAAAACUUGUACUUAAUCAAAA